UUGAUGCUCUCACUCACACUUGACACUAUUUUUCUUCCUCUGACCCUCCAGUCGUUCGAUUUCUUUCAUUCUCAAGUCAAUGGAAAUACACUCUCUUACACUCCUCUCUUGCCAUAUUCCCAUUCCGCGAAAGAACGAUGGCACUGUAGCUCCACAACGCGACAAGGGAAUCCGAUGGCGGAAUGAAAAGAGAUUUCUUAGUGGUAUGAACAAGUCUUCAGAUUGCGCUUCAUUCGUCGAAAAAAGGUUGUCUUAUCAAUCUGAUGGGGUUUUUAAUGAUAUGAAGCUUGAUGGUUAUAUGCCUGAGCAAUCUACUUUGCCUGCAUUGAUGUUAUAUUAUGCGGAGAAUGGCCUCUUUCCUCAAGCGCAGACUACGUGGGAGCAACUCGUAAAUAGUUCUUUUGUGCCGUCUAUUCCAUUCGUUUCAAGAUUGUUUGAUGCUUAUGGGAAACACAGGAAAUUCGAUGAAGUGGUCAAUAUUCUACAUUGUAUGAAUUUGAGGAAUUUCAGUAUAUUACCUGAUGUGUACUCAUUGGCUAUCUCUUGUCUUGGGAGAGGAGGACAGCUUGAGUUGAUGGAAGAUGCAGCAAAGGAGAUGGUUUCGAGGGGUUUCCCGAUGGGUUCUGACACUGGAAAUGCUUUCCUUUUGUAUUAUAGUAUUUUUGGUUCUUUGAAAGAAAUGGAGAAUGCAUAUGGCCGCCUUAAGAGAUCAAGGUUUCUGAUAGAGGAGGAAGCGAUUCGGGCCAUGGCCUCUGCAUAUCUAAAGGAGAUAAAAUUCUAUGAAUUGGGUGAGUUUGUUAGAGAUGUGGGUUUAGGUAGGAAAAAUGUAGGAAACCUUUUAUGGAACCUUAUGUUACUUUCUUAUGCUGUCAAUUUCAAAAUGAAAAGCUUGCAGAGAGAAUUUCUUAGAAUGGUUGAAGCUGGGUUCCGCCUUGAUGUUACUACCUUCAAUAUUCGAGCUCUGGCCUUUUCUAGGAUGUCUCUGUUCUGGGACCUCCACCUUAGCAUUGAACACAUGAAUCAUGAAAAGGUCAUUCCUGAUCUAGUUACUUAUGGGUGUGUAGUUGAUGCAUACCUGGAUAGAAAGCUAGGAAGAAACUUGGACUUUGCCCUAAACAAACUGAACUUGGAUGAUUCUCCAAGAUUGUUAACAGAUCCGCUUGUGUUUGAGGCCUUAGGUAAAGGGGACUUUCACAUGAGUUCAGAGGCAUUUUUUGAAUACAAGACACAAAGGCGAUGGACUUACAGGACUUUAAUACAAAAAUAUUUUAAGAAACAUUACCGGAGAAACCAGAUCUUUUGGAACUACUAAGUAGUGGCCAGAUGUUCUGGUCCAUUCAAUUUCUGGCCAGACCUUGAUUCCAUACAGAAUCCAGUAUUAUUUUUUGAACAGAAUAUAGACAUCCAGUAUGUAGUUGACUUGGAACAUAAUUCUACUGUUGGUGUAUGCACUUGAGGGUGAAGUGUCAAGUUGGAGACAUCUUAAACGCUUUGUUGAUAAAGAACAUUAUCAUGUAUAGUUGAAGGUGAAAGGAACAUCACAUACAUCCUAUUUUGAAGAAACCAGCAGGAACUGAUAAUUGGUAAGGUUCAAUGUUUAACAAUUUUCAAGUUAGCGCCUCCUACCAAUAGAAGCUUGCUUAUUUCUUGGCCCUAAAUUUGUUCAGGCAUGCAUAUGUUCAUUCUUUAUGGAUUCUGUAGUUCUCCUAUCAUUGUUUGAUCAUCUUAUUUUUCCAUUAGGGUCGCCAACUAAUUUAUAAGUUAUUGUGACUCUAAAUAUUAAAUUGUUCAAACAAAUUGUAUGGGGAAAAGUUCAAAAUAGAGUGUGCCCACCUGUGUUUAAUCUAUCGAAUUUUCAACUUUUUUCAAGUGUUUAGUGAAUUUUGUAGAAGGUCAAUAGGGAAAGUGGAAAUGGAAGUAUGAAAACUGUCAUGGGAUAUUUGCAGCUGAUGAUAUCUUUGGUUAGAGUUAAAGCAUUAACAAUAUCCAGAUUACCACACACGUAAGGGCUGUGUUUCUCAGUAAUCUGCUGAUAGAAACCUGGUACUUUAUUAGAUAAUGCAAGGAAGAAUUUCCUUGAUCACAGAAAAGAACUCACACAGCAAAUCUUCUCUGGUCUGUACCCUGCCCUUUCCUGAGGCCCCGAUUUCCUCUCAAAUGCCUAGAUAACUUUCCCUCUCCCUCUACUCUUUAUUCAUAGGCGAAAUGCCUUAUUUCUUAUCCUUAUCUCAUCCCAAAUAACCUAACUAACUAUCUCUCUCACUUACAGUCACUAACAGACACAUUACAUCUGCCUUUUUUUCUUCAGGUUCAUUAGAUAACAAGUCUGUGUUAUGUGAAAAGCUCAUAUGCAUGUCUGCAUUUUGUCUUUCUUUCCGUAUUCCCCUCACUUUUAAAGUACCGUAUUUAAGAUCCAAUCAAGCAUUGAAAUUGUUGGCUUUUGAGGUCCAUAGAUGACUAUUGGAUUUCCUACCUGUUGUUUGUCUUUUCUGAUUACAUAUUUCUAUGAUUGCUAAAUUACAUUUAUACUUGAUUUGACUAGUUGUAGUAGAUGUGAUAUAUAGUCAGCAACACAUUGAUUAUCCUCCAUUUGCAACGAACGAAGCUUGAAGAGUGCAUUUAUCUUUUGAUAUUAGACCUGCACAACAAAGAAUAAAUGUUAUAGAAAUUGUUCAAUUCACAAUACAAGAUCAGACGUUCUGAUUUGAGUCCUGCACUCUGCAAUGCAAACCAGACAGUAAAUCGGAGCGUGGAUAAAAUGUGACUUCAGUAACCAGAAUUGCCUGCAAGCAGUAAAGUCUGCAGCCAUAGAAAGUUUAGAAUGCGAGUUUGAUCACUACCCGUCCAACUUAGAACAAUUUGAGUAGAUGCAGCUUAUAGAUAAAGUUACUGACAAGAGGUGGAGUGCAGCCAUAUAAAGUUUAGAACGCGAGUUUGGUCACUACCUGUCCAACUUAGAACAAUUUGAGUAGAUGCAGCUUAUAGAUAAAGUUACUGACAAGAGGUGGAGUGCAGCCACAGAAAGUUUAUUACCCUGCAGGUUCCAUCACCUUUUCAUGUAAUUUGAAAUAUUUUGUGAUAGUAAACUUUGAACUGGCUCAUCAAUUGAAGCAUUGAAAGUUUAAUUGUGUGGUUUUGUCA